AUGCGACGAAACUAUCUCUCGAUAUAUCGCACGACUGAUGAAUACUUUGAGACCGGAUUCCGGAGUAAACGUAGAAUAUUUUGGAUAUCAAUCGCCAGAAUAUUCUGUGCGCUCACAGUUAUUCGGUUUGCCAUCAGCGCCGCUAUCGAUAACCCAACCCUAUUGGCACAGAAUAUUCUGGGUAUCAAUCGCCAGAAUAUUCUGUGCGCUCACAGUUAUUCGGUUCGCCAUCAGCACCGUUACCGACAGCCCAACCCUAUUGUCACAGUUAUUCGGUUCGCCAUUAGCACAGUUACCGAUAGCCCAACCCUAUUGGCACAGGUAUGUGAUUUCACUUACUUAUGGGGCUCACGGCCCCUGAUUUCGGCCACCAUUUGCAUACACGACACAUGUAUGCUAUUGAGCGGUUUAGUGGCCAACUAUCACGAGCUGACAAACACUAUACCAUUGCUUAAUAUAAUGUAUCUCAUUAAAUACAAUCGCAUUGAUUACCCCCUAAACCGGGCCAAUGACCGCUUGUUUGGCCGACGGGUCUAUAUAUUGAGCAGAUUUUUUCUGAAGCAAUCGUUUUACGCUCUGGUAGUCUAUAUCACUGUAUGCUUUGUUAGCGCAUUGCUCGUCUCUUAUUACGAUGGUAAAUACCUGAUUAGCAUGACCAAUUUAAUAUUCUGGAAUGUAAUCUUGAUGGUAAACACGCAGCAACAUCAUAGUAUAUUAUCGUUUGGUAUUGAUGUGAACACGAGUUCGGGUUCAGUGAGGGGUCAGACACUCCAUGUCUUGAAUCGCAAAAUACAUCAAUUCUUGAAUAUACCCUACGCUGAGCCACCCUUAGGCCCACUCAGGUUCGCACCUCCCCUACCACUCAAAACACCCAAACAGAGUAUAAUAGACGGCACAAAACCCGGUAAUUAUUGCAUUCAAAACAUACCAAAGUUUGUGGUUUUGACGGGAAAUGAAAUAUUAAGUGAAGACUGUUUGGUAUUGAAUAUAUGGACACCAAAUGUGGACAAUAGUAAUGCUAUUCAACAGAAAACGGGUCUCAAAGCAGUGAUGUUUUGGAUAUAUGGCGGAGCACUGAGUAUGGGAUCAAUAUUUCAAGACAUUUACAACGCUUCAGUGUUGGCCACCAAUGAUGUGGUUGUGGUUACCGUUAACUAUAGGGUCGGGCCGUUGGGGUUCCUCUACGGCGGCGAUGAGACAGCGCCCGGAAAUGCGGGCUUUUAUGACCAGUUAUUAGCACUCAAAUGGGUUAGAGAAAACAUACAUCUAUUCGGCGGAGAUAGGGAUCAGAUAACCAUUUUUGGUGGCAGUGCCGGGAGUUGGUCGGUGUCCGCACACAUACUCUCCCCGCUAUCCAAAGGCCUAUACAAGAGGGCUAUUAUGCAAAGCGGGUCUGUUAUGUACAACAGAGACCGUCCGGCGCUGAGCACCGUUGAGGGCCUUCAAAGGGCUAAACAAUUGGCCCGACGUUUAAAUUGCGACGAAUAUGACUACAAAUGGUUGGACUGUUUGCGGGCUAUAGACGACCCGAACCUGUUUAUAGAGAUACCCGAUAACAAAAACAUUAUUAUUUUCACACAUCCGGUGUUUUGCACACAAUUUCUACCCGUUUUACUUCAGAAAAACAUUGAAGUGAUGGCCGGUGUUGUCAAAGACGAGGGCCCACUACUAACUCACGGCUUAUUUCCAGAAAUGCGGUCCGAAAUGACGGAACAAAUGUUUUAUAAAGUGGUCCGCGAUUUGAGCCGUGAAUAUCAUAACAUAGAUGUGGAGGAAGUGUGCGAUCAUUACCUCAAAGGUGUCCACAAAACUAAUUCAUCGCAACUGAAGGCAGCGUUUAAUGAAUUAUACGGCGAUUUAGGGUUCACUUGUCCGACAUAUCACUUCGCAAAAAGAUUGGCCACAAGGGUUGUCUGUCACGCCGCAGAUAUACCUUUCGUUUUCGGUCAUCCCUUAAGAAAACCGACACUUUUUACGGAAACUGAUUAUGACUUCAGUAUAGAUGUGAUGAAAAUGUGGACCAAUUUUACAAAGACUGGCAAAGCACAUGACGUUUGGUCACAAUUUUGGGACAAAUCUGUGAUUCGAGUGAAAGACUUGAAUCCCAACGAUAUGUCACUUAUUCUCGACAAUCCAUACGAGAGUACAUGUGAUGGCAUUUGGGAACACUAUUUCUAAAACAACUAUUAAUUUUAUUACAAAUUAUUACAAAC